AUGGAGGAAGCGAAUAAGAAGGAGCGUGCCACACUACGACGUUCAACACUGGUUGCCUCAUUAGGAAGAGCUGACAAGUUCCUGGCCGAGUUCAUCGAGGAGCGGGACAAGCUUGAGGUCGCAGUGCGAUUUGGACAACCUGCGGCAACAAAUGGUUCUGGUCUUAGGGGUUUGAAGUUGCCGACAAUUUCUUUACCUGAGUUCUCCGGCGAUUACAAGUAUUGGCGUGGUUUCUAUGACACAUUUUUUGCCCUGAUUCACAAUAAUCCUGAUGUCCCUGAUAUCCAAAAAUUCCACUAUCUCAAAGCAGCAGUUAAAGGUGAAGCAUCUCAGUUGAUCGAAUCCAUUGAUAUCAGCGCAGCAGACUACCAGUCUACGUGGGAAGCUUUAGUUGAUCGAUAUUCGAAUGACUACGUGAUGAAGAAGAAGCGGUUACAAGAGCUGUUCGAUGUUCCAAAAAUGAAAGUUGAAACUGCCGAUUCGCUGCAUAGAAUUGUAGACAUUUUUGAAAGACACGUGAAGGCAUUGAAUCAAAUGGGAGAGCCUACUGAACAAUGGAGCACUAUUUUAGAGCAUAUGCUUUGCAACCGUUUGCACGAUGAAACUUUGAAGGCGUGGGAAGAUUUUGCGUCAAAUUUGACCCAACCGACAUACUCAGGGCUGAUAGAAUUUUUGCAUAGGCGAAAUCGUGUAUUGGAAUCAAUAACCGUUAAUCAUUCUCCUCCUUCGCAACGCUCCGCUGUGUGUAAUCAAAUUUCCGCUCCUAUGCGAUAUAACUCCGGGGUUUAUGCAGGCACCAAUUCACUUAAAUGUCAUGCAUGUGAUCAGAGUCAUCCCCUGAUGAAAUGUCCAACCUUUGUGAGGAUGUCUCUUGAGGAAAAAUUGAACGUGGUGAAUUCCAAACGUCUCUGUUUCAACUGUUUUCGUCGUACCCAUCAAGUGAGAAACUGUCCCAACCAUGAAAGUUGUCGAAUAUGCCACGGCCGCCACCACUCAAUGUUACAUCCAGGUUAUGUUAGCGAAACCGGUGAGUCUCGUCCGGCGAGAAACGUCCACUCUGUCAACAUCACGAAUGGCGAAGAAGAAAUUGCUUCAGAGACGUCAUCGUGCUUGCAUGUUAAUGUUGCUGGGAAAUGUAUUUUCAUGCCUACUGCGAUUGUAACUAUCGUUGAUUGCUAUGGGAGAGAACAUCUGGCUCGAGCAGUUCUUGACUGUGCAUCUCAAGUCAAUUUGAUAAGUAGUAAGCUGGCCCAAACCCUUUGCCUGCAAAGAAAAUAUGUUAAUUUGAUUGUAAAAGGUGUUGGAGACCAACCUAAAAGAGCCAAGCAUAGUGUCGCUACACAAAUACGAUCUCUGAAGGAAGAUUUUCAAAUUGACGUUGACUUUGUAAUUCUUGAAAAGCUAACACCAAAACUACCGUCGCAUGACAUAUCAGUAGAUCGAUGGAACGUUCCCUGCCACAUACAAUUAGCCGACCCACAGUUCUUCAAAAGCAAAGAGAUUGAUGUUUUGAUAAGCAACGAACAUUUCUUUUCAUUAUUCAAAACCACCGAUAGAAUUGUUCUUGGUCCAUCUUUGCCAAUGUUGGUCGACAGCGUAUUCGGUUGGUUAGUGUGUGGAGCAGCGAAUCUGGAAACGGAAUCAAACUUGAAAACAGCAUGUCACGUCGAGGUUAUGUCACUUAUUUCACUGGAGCAAGCAUUGAAAAAAUUUUGGAUGUUAGAGGAGCCGAUUGUUCGAUCGAAUCUCACUGCCCAAGAGAAAACAUGUGAAACGCAUUACACCAAUCAUGUUUCCCGCCAAGCAGAUGGAAGGUAUGUUGUACGAAUGCCACGACAUGAUGAUUUCGACAACAUGAUAGGGGAGUCCCGGACCAAUGCCAUGAAACGAUUUUUUGCUACAGAAAGGCGCUUAGAGGCUGAUGAAAAUUUGAAAACGGCAUAUCAUGAAUUCAUGCGAGAAUAUAUUGGUUUAGGACACAUGCAACAAGUAAAUCCAAACUCUCCUCAAUCAAACAACGUAUUCUACCUCCCACACCACCCAGUUUUCAAAGAAGACAGUACCACAACGAAAACAAGAGUUGUCUUUGACGGUUCAGCAAAAUCUUCAUCCGGUUACUCCCUUAACGACGCUUUGUUAGUGGGUCCUGUGAUACAAGAUGACCUCAUAUCAUUAAUCUUACGAUUUAGAACCUAUCCGUUUGUUAUCGUUGCCGAUAUAGAGAAAAUGUACCGUCAAGUUCUCAUCCAUCCUGAUGAAACUUCCCUGCAAAGAAUUUUUUGGAGAUUUGAUAAAAAUGCACCAUUACAAGAAUUUGAACUGUCGACUGUUACUUAUGGUUUAAGCCCAUCGUCUUUCCUCGCAACACGCACUCUUUUGCAAUUAGCAAAUGAAGAUGGUCAUCGAUACCCUUUGGGAAAAGCUGCCUUGACCAAGGGCUUCUACAUAGAUGAUUGUAUUUAUGGAGCUGAAACAAUAGCUGUGACUUUGCAAACACGAGACGAGCUCAUCCAUCUACUAGAGAAGGGAAAAUUCACUUUGCGAAAAUUUGCUUCAAACAAUUUCAAAAUUUUAGAAGGUUUAUCACCUGAUAAGCUUGGCACUCGUCCCACACAUCAAUUUGAUACGAGUGUGAAAACUUUGGGCAUAGUUUGGAAGCCGGAAAAGGAUAUUCUGUGUUUUGAUUCCCGUUUGAAACCGACUGCAGGAACGGUGACGAAACGUGCAAUUCUUUCUUCGAUUUCUCAGUUGUUCGAUCCGCUAGGACUUGUGGCACCAAUAGUCGUACGAGGCAAAAUGAUAAUGCAGCAAAUUUUUCUACUUUCUUGUGGUUGGGACGACGAAGUUUCCGAAUCGAUCAAAGAAAAGUGGCAGCAAUAUGUAGAUGAACUUCCCAAACUGCAGCAAUUCCAUCUGAACCGAUUAGUUUUACUUCCUGGCUCUGAAAUCCAAUUACACACCUUCACCGAUGCUUCAGAGAUGGCGUAUGGAUGCUGCAUUUAUUGGCUCAGGGCACCUCCCAACACUUGGAAGACUUUUGUGGCCAACAGAGUUUCAGAGAUCCAAACUGAAACUCAGGGUUCUCGUUGGGAUCACGUUCCUGGAAAAACUAACCCGGCUGACCUAGUAUCGAGAGGUCAAAACAUUGAUAAAUUCAUCGAAAGUUCACUGUGGAAAUAUGGUCCUCAUUGGCUCACAUUAUCUAGAGACAAAUGGCCGAUAUCGAGCAUUCCUGAGUAUCCAGAAAACGGAACCGAACGUAGAAAGCAGUUUGUAGUUGCCACUGUUAAUUGUUCUACCUCUUACACUCCAAUCUUCACCAACUUCAAAAGUCUGAACCGACUCACACGAAUCCCCACGCUUCACAAGACCAACAGCUUCUUCCUGACGAAUUAG